AUGUUUGUGGUAUUAGAAAAUAAAGAUAGCAUUUUAGGUAUUUUUGUUAUUGGCGCGAAAAGGACGCCAUUUUGUAAAUAUGGUGGAUCACUACGAGAGUUGCCAGCAUCACAUGCAUUUGCUGCCGCUGCAAAAGAUGCCAUACAGUCAUCGACAGUCGAUCGAAACUUAAUUGAUUGUACGAUCGUUGGAAAUAUCAAUUUUCUAAGCCAAUGUGAUGGAGGAAAGACUCCUAGAUACUGCGGCAUCUACUCUGGUGUUCCCAUUGAGAAACCGGCACUUGGUGUUAACAGAACGUGCGCGACGGGCAUUCAAGCUGUCAUAAGUGGUGGAAUGGAAAUAUUAACAAAUUCAGCAAAUCUGUGCCUCACGGGUGGCACAGAUAUAAUGUCAUCUCUACCGAUGUUAGUACGAAAUGUUAGAUUCGGAACAAGUCUUGGUACACCGUAUCUAAUUGAGGAUCACAUCAAAAAAGCGUUUCUUGAUACGUACACAGGCAUAACACUACAAAAAACAGCGGAAAAUAUAGCAAAACUCUAUGGUAUAACUGGAAAAGAUGUUGAUGAGUUUACUAUAAAAAGCCAUUUAAAGUGGAAAAAAGCUGAAGAAUCAAAUACUUUCGAAGAUGAGAUAACAAAACUAAAAACUGUGAUAAAUAAGAAGGAACAUUACGUCAUUAAAGACGAAUUACCAAACCCAGAACUUAAACUUGAAAACUUGACCGCAUCACCCUCUGUCAGUGAAGAUUCUAUUGUAACUUUCAACAAUUCUGCUGCCCCAGCAGACGGUGCAGCAGCUAUAUUGCUAGCUAGUGAAGAAAUUGUUAAAAUGUAUAAUUUAAAUCCUAUGGCGCGAAUAACUGGCUGGUCGUGUGUUGGAAGUGAUCCGUACGAAGGCCUUGGAGUAGUUGCGGCAAUUAAAAAGUUAACAAAAACAGUAGAUUUGAGGAUGCAUGAUAUUGAUUUAUUUGAGAUAAAUGAAACAUUUGCAUCACAAUCCCUUGCUGUCAUAAAGGAACUCGAUUUAGAUCAGACCAAAGUAAACGUAAAUGGCGGUGCGCUCGCUAUGGGACAUCCUGUAUCAGCCACUGGAGCAAGAAUGAUCACUCAUAUUGUACAUCAAUUGAGAUUACACAACUUAAGGACAGCUAUAGCCGCUUCGUCAUGUGGUGGAGGCCAAGGUGUUGCAGUAAUCUUAGAAACCAUUUAA